AUGGCCCCGCCGACAUCCACUGACGCUGCUGUGCUGAAGGGGUUCUCCGCCUUGACACUGGACGCGCCUGUCCCUUUCACUCCUGAAGCUGCUGCUCUAUCUACUGAUGAGAAACUCGCCAAGCUUGCGGCUAUCACUGGUGCUCCGCUUUCUGCGGAGGUUGACGCUCAGCUGCGCGAUCUCUUUGCGAAGAAGGUGCAUCCUGUUGCCUACGAUGGCUUUGAACCCUCAGGCCGCGUGACGCUCGCUGCUGGACUUCUGCGUGUGCUCAACGCGCAGCGACUGAUGGAUGCCGGAUGUCACGUGCGUCUUUUGGUAGCGGAUACACACGCGCUCCUGAACAACAAGUUUGGCGGCGAUCUCAAGAAGCUCCAGAGCGUCAGUGUUUACAUGGUCGAAGUGUGGAAAGCGCUCGGUCUUGACGCUGACAAGUUGCCGCAUCUAGAGAUCAUGUUGGCUUCGACGGAGACGGCACGUCAUGCUGGUGUCUACUGGUCCCAGGUGCUGGAGGCUGCUGGUCGCUUUACUGUUGAGCGUGUGCAGCAGUGUGCACCCAUCAUGGGCCGCAACGACGAUGACACCGUGCACAAUACGAAUCGCAUUUUGUACCCACUCAUGCAGCUCGCUGACGGCUUCUUGCUGCAGGCUGAUAUCUAUCAGCUAGGAGCUGACCAGGAGCGUGGCAAUGAACUGGUGCGUGAGUAUGCUGCGCAAAAAGAUCCGUCGGAUGCGCCAGUGUUCCUGACGCACCCACUGCUGCUGGGAUUAAAGCAAGGUCAGUUUAAGAUGCCCACAACCGACGUCGAGUCGGCCAUCUACGUAGAUGACACGGCUGCAGAGGUUAAAGCCAAGAUUAAGAAAGCAUUUUGUGUGCCCGGCGAGGUGGAAGGAAAUCCGAUUUUAAACUACAUGAAACAUUUGGUGUUUCCCUUUCACGCGGAGGGGGUUACGCUGGAACGCAGUGAGAAGAACGGCGGCAAUCUCACUUUUACUACGUACGAAGAGCUGGAAGUGGCUUUCGCGAGCGAAAAGGUGCAUCCAGCGGACCUGAAGCCAUGCUUGACCACGUACAUUAAUGGAAUGCUUGAGCCGGUUCGCCAGCACUUUGCUAGCGGUCCACUCAAGACAAUGCUGUCGAGCAUAAAGAAACUUAAGGUAUCUCCGACGCCUGACAGCGACAAGCUGGUCAGUCUGUCGUUGCCCGGAUUUCUGGAGACUGCCGGGGAGUGGAAGCCGUCAUUGCUGUCCUCUGUGGAGCGCUUUGCCAUAGCGCGCUCUGUAGGUGAGGAAUGCAUUCAGGAGGACGAGCUGCAAGCGCUGAUGGAGAAGAAGGAUCACCCUGUGUGCUACGAUGGUUUUGAGCCAUCAGGGCGCAUGCACAUUGCCCAGGGUGUUUUACGCACGGUGAACGUGAACAAGCUUACGUCAGCUGGUUGUGUGUUUCGAUUCUGGGUGGCGGAUUGGUUUGCUAUGCUGAACAACAAGAUGGGUGGUGACUUGGACAAGAUCCGCCUCGUGGGUCAGUACAUGGUCGAGAUCUGGAAAUCGGUAGGCAUGGACAUGGCCAACGUGGAGUUUUUGUGGGCGUCGAAAGAGAUUAUUUCACACAGCGCUUCGUACUGGCUGCGUGUGAUGGACAUUGCUCGCCGCACCACCAUUGCUCGCACGCUCAAGUGCUGUACGAUCAUGGGUCGCAAAGAGAAGGAAGGCAUGCAGGCUGCGCAGAUUCUCUACCCACUGAUGCAGUGUGCUGACAUUUUCAACCUGAAAGCUGACAUUUGCCAGCUAGGAAUUGAUCAGCGCAAGAUCAAUAUGCUUGCGCGCGACUACUGUGACCAGGCGAAGAUUCGCUUUAAACCUGUCAUUCUGAGCCACCACAUGCUCAUGGGCCUCAAGGAGGGUCAAGAGAAGAUGUCGAAGAGCGAUCCGGAGUCAGCUAUUUUUAUGGAAGAUUCUCUGGAUGACGUGAGUCGUAAGAUCGAGAAUGCCUUUUGCCCAGACGGAAUCGUGGAGGCGAAUCCGAUCCUGGAUUAUAUGAGGCACAUCAUCUGCCCGCGCUUCGGUACCCAUGGCGUGAGGGUGAAUCUUGCGGACGAGACGGAGAAAACAUUCGCAAGUUACCAAGAGCUUGAAGACGACUUUGUUGCGCGCCGAAUCAGUGGCGCCGACCUCAAAGCGGCACUGGCCAAGUAUCUGAACGAAAUUCUGGAGCCUGUUCGUGAGCACUUUUCCAAGGGUGACGCUCAAGAACUGCUGGCUAAGGUGCGCACGUUUCGCAUCACAAGAUAA